AUGCACGAGAACUGCGGCCUUGCUCGGUCGUCUGACGUGCUCUCAUCGAAGCCUCUCAGCAGGCCGGUAAAGCCCUGCGAUAUCAGUAAUCUCAUGUCUCCCCCCGAGCCAGCCCCACUCGAUAUGUGCACCAGCAGGCCGUCGGCUGCUGCGAGCGACAAGGCCAGCACUCCGCCCGCCGAUACGCGGGUGCCGCUAUCGCCGCCUGUGUCGCCCUUCUCGAAGCCAUCGAACUCCAUCAACCCGGUGCCUGCUACGCACAAUUUCGCGGUCAAGGACCCUAUUCUCUACCCUGCUACCGAGCCGCUGCCCCCUACGACCCCUGGCUCGCUGUUUAGGCCUGCGUCGGCAUGGGGGUCUUCUCGCGAUUACAGCAGAAGGACUGCUGUAUCCGAGACCGAGCAGCGCGUGAUCAAUGAGCACAUUGCGUCGCGCCCGGCAGACCUCUUCCGCAACUCGACGCCACCCAAGCGCGAGGACUACGAGCUAGCCCUCUACUUCAAGUCUAACUGCCUCCGAAUGUUCCAGAAGGACCCUGCAGGUUGGCUGCGCCAGGAACGUCAGCUGCUGCGGGCCGACCGGAAGCAUACUGCCUGGUCCAACACCCUUUCAUCAUCGAGGCCGCAUCAACAAGUCCUUGCGCCAAAGCCUGUUACUUCAUCCGUGCUUGCUCCCGACACGACCUCGGCCAAGGUCCCGCCUGUGCGUGUGCAUAAGCCUAGAGCCGCCCGUCCAAAGACUGGUCCUACUCCCAGGCCCAUUCGAGCUACUCCGACUCCAUCUUCUCGUCACGAUACCAUUCAUGUCGGGGCGACAUCCCCGGAACAGCAGCCGCGUGUCCGUACUGUGGCGCCGAACCGCGAAGACAAGGAUUUCGAGGCUCUUGAGGAUCUGUCCCCGCCUCUCAGCUCGCUUCCACCUAAGCCAAAUUGCCUGAAGGUCGAUUGGAAGGGCAACGCGCUUGACUUGAGCAACGACCCUCAUCGGCACUUGCUUCAUCCCGACGAGCUCAGCCUGGCGAGCAGCCUGCGGCUCGACUGCGCUACGUACCUCACCAGCAAGAGGAGGAUCUUCCUCAGGAGAUUGGAGUGCGCGCGAAUUGGCAAGGAGUUCCGCAAGACGGAUGCACAGCAGGCGUGCAAGAUUGAUGUUAACAAGGCGUCGAAGCUGUGGCAGGCUUUUGAGAAAGUGGGGUGGUUGGAUAUUAAGUGGAUGAAGCCUUAUUUGGAGAGGAGUUGA